CUUCUCUCUGACACUGCCCAGGUAAGGAUGCCAAGGCGCGCGCAAUUUCAGCUUGCGCAAAGUGACUCUGACACGGGAAUCUGUCUCUGUUUGACCCUGAAGCACAAGCUCACAGAGGAUGAUGAUGAUACGUUUAGCCUUCGUAUUUGCCGUGCAAUUCACACUCUGCCUACUGAACGUGGACUCUGAGAGCCAAUGCUCUGCUGCUCACCGAUACCUCCAUUUCCCACUUGUCCAUCUUUGCAUGUCACCCAUUUCGACACGCACCCCAUGGGCCUUGAAUGGCUCGACGAUGAUAGCUGAAUCUUCGUUUACGCCUCUGCACAUACUGCCAUCGGUACUUCCGAAAAUCUGCUAUGGAGGAUAUUGAUGCAGACGGCUUCACGAUGGCAAAACCCACCUCAACCACCUUAUGG